AUGAAAAAUUGGCCAGUUAGAACCGAUAUCUUUACUCUUCUUACAGCCUCACUACAUACUUACCUUGUACUUUUAUUCCUAUUUCAGUGUGGCAUCUCAGCCUCUGGACUUCGGCAACCUUUUCUGCAGCCGAGUUGUGUCAAGGCUGGCUUGUCGAGGUCGCGAGGCCCUCGAGUCGACUUAUCCCCAGUUGGAAUGACCACUCACUCAAGUUUCUCCAAGCCAGACGUGGACUAUGCUCGUCCGAGCACUGCCCCUGGACUCAGUCUCGAGGAUGGCUGGGCUUCGCUGCCCUCUCCACAGAGACGUCCCUCGAACCAUCCAUUCGCAGUGCCCGACCGCAGUCAGGUUGGUCUCUUCAAAGAAGAGGCUGGCCCGCGGAUCACGAUGAGCUUAUGGCCAUCGUGUGUAGACCUUCCGUCUGCGCUUGCCUCGAGUACUGCCGACGUGCAGAGACCAGUUCCUGGGCGCCGACCUUCCAGGUCCUCGAGGCCUUCGAACCCGCCACAGGAGACGGCCAGUACCAACCGUCCAUCUGGUCACCAGCCGCCCAUCGGCCAGGCUGACCUUUCUCUCGGCUGGGCUCAGGCUCAGGACCCAACAGCAUCCGGACGUCCAAGUAACGGAUUCUUUGCGAGCCAGGCCAAUAUUCGGCAUCCCUCCUUGCCAAUACGAUCUUUGUCGAGGCCGUCGUUGACGCACGAAAACACCUACGCUUCCGCGGCUACAGCUGCUGCCGCCACAGCCGCAGCAUCCAUUGCUGGAGGAGGCUACAGUCGUCUUGGGCUAACGGAGACGGGCACUUCGGCGGGUGAUCUGCUGCAAAUGCUUUCUCCCUCAAUGAGACAUGUGAAACAGCAGCAACAACAACAGCAACAGCAACAGCAACAGCAACAGCAACAGCAACAGCAACAACAGCAACAGCAUCAGAGCCUGCAUCGGUCGCAAAGGCAACAUCGGCAAUCGAGGCCACAGACGCAACAACGAGUAAAGGAUCCAGACCAGUCUGGGAUUCCAGCAAGCAUUUGGCCGGCUUCCCCUCAAAUCGCUGCGCCCGGCCAGAUCGGACAGCAUCGCUUGCCUCAGCAGCUCCGGCAGAAGCGAUGGAGCAAACAGGCCGACAAAGAGGCCACAUUCACAUCACACGGCGACCUCGGCAUUGAUGAGCUCGAAACAUCUGGAAAUGCAGAACACUCUCCGGGACCCUUCAGAAGAGAUGUGCCGGCAUUCGACUUUGCUGUACACCACAGAAGCUCACCGUACGAUUCCAAGACCUUCCUGUCCCCAGAAGAGGUAGUUCGUUUGAGGCAUCCUACAGGUUUCUGA